GCAGAGAUCCUAGACGACGACGCGCGCAUUGCAGCAGCCGCGCCCUCUGCCCGCCAUGAGAAAAGCCACCAUCAUUCUCAUGGCGCUCGCCGCCCUCGCCCUCGCCCUCGCCACGGCCGCUCCCCUGCAAGCAGCGGCGGUGGCGGCGCCGGCGCCGGCGCCUCCCCUGAGGAGAAGCCGCUUCCUCGCCAACGCCGCCAACUUCCCGCCGCAGGCGUCGUUCUACGACUGCAGCAAGAAGCCGCCGUCCAUCUGCCUGGAGGACGGGAGCCCUGGCGCGACGUGCUGCAAGGGCACCUGCGUCGACACCGAGCACAGCUUCGAGCACUGCGGAAGCUGCAACAAGACGUGCAGGUACACGCAGACCUGCUGCGAGGGCAAAUGCGUCAACACCUUCACCGACAAGAAGAACUGCGGCCGCUGCGGCGUCAGGUGCAGAACCAGGUGCACCAACGGCUACUGCGACUACGCGGCGUGACCAGACGCGCGCGCAUUUCUUAAUUAUGCGAUAUGAUUUCGAUAUCUUUUCAAAAAAAAUAUGAUUUCGAUGGAGAAAUAAAAAUGGCAUGCAGUACGAAUACGUAUAUACUACAUACGUCUAAGUUUCUACUAUUGUUGUUGUUGUUCAAAAAAAAAAUCUUCAUUGUUGCUGA